AUGAGUAUUUGUUCUCGAUUUGAAGUAUCAGAAGGUUCUGUAAUUCUUUAUGUUAAUUGUGUAAUGAAAGCAAUAAGAAAUAAAAAAUCAGAAUUUGUUCAAUGGCCUAAAGACAAUAAUCAAAGUGUUAUUUAUACAGGAUUUCAAAAUAUUGGUGGAUUUCAAAAUGUUAUAGGAGCUAUAGAUGGAACUCAUUUUAUUUUAACUGAGACACCAACACAAGAUCCAACAGCAUACUUUACAAGAAAAAAAAGAUAUGCAAUUCAAUGUCAAGGAAUUGUUGAUUUUAAAGGAAUUUUAUUAUGUAAUAGGAUAGCCUGGAUUG